ACAAUUCACCUUGUAAAAACCACGCAAAUUUUUUGAGAUGGGAAACAAACAUGCGAGGGGAAAGGAACGCGAUAUUCGCCACAAGACAAAGUUUUCUAUUAUUGAGCCAGGCGAUCUUUUGCCAGUCCAUGAAAUUGUUCAAUUUUCAUCCCGAUCAUUUGAGACCAAGCUGUCGAAAGUAAAACAUCCAAUCCAUCAGACUUGUAUGAACAGAUUGAUGGCCAUUCCGAACUUUUUUACCAGUGAAGAGUGUAAUGAUAUGAUCAAGAGGUGUAAUGAUUUUAAGAACCUGGAAGAUGAAUAUCCGAAGGAGUAUAGAAAUGCUUCUAGGGAGCUGAUUACUGAUAAGGAGUUUGCAAAACUAAUAUUUGAACGUCUCAAAGAGACGAUUGAUUUAGAUGCUAUUGGAAAAUUGAUUACUCCUUAUGGUUUGGAUAGCAGAGGUGAAUGGAAAGCUUGUGGAAUUAAUGAAAUGAUGAGAUUAAGCAAGUAUGAACCAGGAGAGUAUUUCAAAAUACACACUGAUGGUCAAUUCAGAAGGAGUGAGCAUGAGAGAAGUAUUUACACAUUACUGAUCUAUCUGAAUCAGGAUUUUAAAGGGGGAGAAACAAGAUUUUACAAUGAUCCAACAAAGACAGACUCUGACUUUGAAGAAUACAGUCUCUUGCAUACCUUAAAACCAUCAUUGGGUCAAUUGGCUCUUUUCAAUCAGGAUUUUUAUCAUGAAGGUUGUCCUGUAACAAAAGGAACCAAGUAUAUUUUGAGAACUGAAAUUAUGUAUCUCAGAGUUGAUUCUUUAUCAAUUCCAAGAGAUGAAAAAUUCGAGCAAUCAGAGGCAUAUCAAAAAAUUGGCCAAUUAUUCAAAGAGAGCGAAAGAUUGGAAAAGAAUGGAGAUGUUUAUGCUGCUUCAGAAAGUUAUUUAGCUGGACAACAGAUGCUAGUUGAUAGUGGAAAGACCUUUGAAUAUCUUUUGAAUAGACACUACUUUAUUCCAGAGGGUCUUGUAGAGAAUAUCGAGCAAAACAAUUUGACAAUUCUUCCAGAAGAGAUUAUCUUCACCGUAUUUUCUUUUCUUAAGGAGAGUGAAAUAUGCUCAAUAGUUUUACCAUUGAAUAGAUAUUUGAAUCAACUUGCACGAUCACCAAUUAUUUGGAAAUCAGUCUAUCAAAAAUAUUGGAAUGGCACCACUUUCCGUAAAUUAUGUGAAAGUGGCAUACCUAUUGAUUGGUAUCAUCAUGUCAGAGUUCGAAAUUUCACAGAACAUUCUUUCAAAGCUAUUUGCAUCGAUUUUACAAGUGAGAUGGCAACCUAUGGCCUUUUCAAUGUUGAAACACCAAACACAGUGGAACCAUACGUUGGCAGAAACAGUGGUGUUCACUUUAAUUUUUACAGUUACUCUGAUGCUAUGAUUGGUAAAAUAGGAUCCCAUCAAGGGUCUGUAUUUGAUUAUCUAAAUGAUCCUGAUGACGAUUAUCGACAUAUCCAUGAACUUAAUGUUGGAACAUUCUUUUCCAAAAUUUGUGAUCAAAUAGUUAUCUCACCAAGGCAUCCACUGUUAAUUUCAAUCCCACCCUACCUUCUCAAAAAGAGGAACUUUGCACAGUUCAUUAAUGUGACUCUCAAUACUCAAGUACCAGCUGUUUGCUUCAUAUCAAGACAUGUAAUGAUAGCUUAUUACCAUAACAUUCCAAAUUGUGUUGUUAUAGAGAAGGAUGUACAUAUCACCAUUAGUAAGGUUGCCAACUAUCAAUCAUUUGAUGGAGAUAGUUGCAUUGUGAAUUCAUUAGAAAAGGAGCUUAAAAAAUCUCUUAACCAAUUGCUAGUUUCCACGAAUACUCCUGUGAUAGUUGUUAAGCCGGAAGAAAAUUGGAUUACAACAAUUACAAAAGUCUUACCAAAUACUUCAAUAAUUACAGCUAUGGAAAAGGAGGCAUUUAAGGGAUGUCAAAUGUAUGCACAACAAGAAGAUUUCAGACCUAGUUGUACCUUUUGGAGUGGUCAACAAAGACAUUAUUAAGAUACAAAAAAUUCUGAAAGAUUAUAAUAAGUUGGAAAUGUUUGUAAAUUAUAGAUAUUUUGAAAAUUUACAAAUUCAUCAGUUAGCAAUUUGAUUUCAAAAGAGAGAAAUGAAUCAUUGAGAUACUCUGCUGAAAAUAUACUCAGAGAGGUGUUUAAAGAUUCACAAAUUAAUUGAUAGUGCUCUCCUAUUUCUCAAGUUCUUUUUGAAAGAGAAAUACUGACGCAUUCAAGAAACAAUUGAUUUGAAUGUUUACGUAUAGUGUAGGAACUUUUCGAUGAGUAAAUUUUGUAAAGUUUACAAAAAAUAUUUUUAAUUUACAAAUUUAACGCAAUUAAGCAACUUCUUGCCAUGCAGGUCUAGAAGUAAUCUUUUCCCACCAAGUUUUAACAUGUGGACGUUCCAAUAACAAAUGACCAAAAUUAACUUGAGGCACGAACAAGAGACUUCCAUAAGGAAGAUGGAACAAAUCAGCAAGAGUAAAUUGAUUUCCACC